CUUUUUUUCUUCUUUCUUCUUUUUAUUUUAUAUUAUUGUCUCUCUUUUUUUUUUUUAUCGCUGGCGAUUUUAUUUAUAUAUUAAAAACUUAUUUUUUUUUUUUGAAAUGAUGACUUCUUUUGUACCUUUGGAUGAAACCGUGUCACGUAAAAGAAAGCAAGAACCUACAAGUUUAUCAGAAUUUGUAUAUUCUUCUCCAAACUCACCAUCACCUCAUCCCAUGAAUCUAUCAAGUACUGAUAUUAUGGACCAUGGUUAUUCUUUUGGUUUUGAUCCUUCUUCUUUUGAAUACCCAAGUUUAAAUGAUUAUUCAGAUUCUCAUUCAAGACGUCAUUCAGUUGCAGUAGGUGAUAUGGAUUAUUAUCAUCAAUAUAAUAAUAAUAAUGAAUUUAUCAAACAAGAACCUUUGGAUCAUAUGAAUUGGGGAAAUGUUCAACAAUUAUUUGGUGGAACAUCUUUACCUUCUUCAUUCUCUUCUCAUUCAAGUGGUACAACUUCUGAUGAUACUGCAACUCAUCAACGUACUUUAUCUCUUCGUUUGGAAAAUUUACCUUCUUCUCCUCAAGAUCAUGCAACUCCUACCACUCCUGUUUUCUUUUCUCCAACCUUUUUGGAUUCACUUAGUGCAACAACAGAAGAGGAUAGUUUUACAAAUUUUAUGGAUUCUUCUUUUAUAUCUUCUCAACAACAUACUAUUCCUUCUGAUUUUUUGGUACAUCCUGCUGCUGAACGAAGAGCAAAAAAUAGUUUGGUAUCGGCUCGUAUUGUACAAGGUGCUAAUUCAGCUACGCAAUUAAAACCUUUGAUUCAACGUUACCUUUUGUCCAAUGAUUCUUGUGGUGAACAUUCUGUUACUAUCUUGACCAGUAAGGUUGCACAAAAAAGUUAUGGUACUGAAAAAAGGUUUUUGUGUCCACCUCCUACAACAAUUUUAUCAGGUGCAUCAUGGUGGACUCAAAAGGAUGGUACACUUUCUACUCCUAAAUUAACUAUUCAUAUAUCUGGUGAACCUACAAGUCAAAAUGGUACUUUAGAAUGGUCAGAUCAAAAUGGAUGUGUUAUGGAAAAUCCUUCUUCUCUUGCUCAAGAUAAAGUUUCUCUUUCUGGAAAAUGUGUAUCCAAACAACUUCAUAUCAAUGAUGCAGAUGAAAAGCGACGUCGUGUCGAAGUUUUGGUCAAAAUUCAAUUGGGGAAUGGUUUACAACUUGGUACUCUUGCUAGUAAAGGAAUUAAGGUCAUUUCUAAACCAAGUAAGAAAAGACAAAGUUUAAAAAAUAUGGAAUUAUGUAUUCAUCAUGGUACGACAGUAUCAUUAUUCAAUCGUAUUCGAUCACAAACUGUAUCAACUAAAUAUUUGGGUGUAUCCAAUGGUGAUGGUAAUAACACAGGGACUUGUUUUGUGGCUCGUACAGGUUCAUGGGAUCCUUUUGUUAUUUGGAUUGUCGAUACUUCACGUUCACCAGAAUCAGCAUCAUCCACUCCUCCUCGUUUACCUCAUCAUCCUACCAAUCCUGAUUUCCCACCACCUCCUGCUAUUGCUUUACAAUCUGGUGCAAGUCUUCAAACCCCCAUGGCUCUUCAUUACAAUCAACCUGUGGUUUUACAAUGUGUUAGUACUGGUCUUGUGAGUCCUGUGAUGGUGAUUCGAAAAGUGGACAAAGGAAGUGCUGUACUUGGUGGUAACCGUGUCGAAGAUUUAUCGGGUCUGACAGGUGGUGAAUGUGGUGAUGAAGCUAUUGGUGAUCCUGUCUCUCAACUUCAUAAGAUUGCCUUUCAAAUUGUUCAAGAUCCAUCCGUGGCUUAUAACAACAAAGCAAAUUAUCAACUAUAUCCAAAUAAUAAUAAUAAUAAUAGAAUGAUGAAUGAUUGGAUUUUACCUCAAGCAUCCCAUCCUGUUACUUAUCUUGCAUGUUUGAAUGAUGUAGUAGGCAUGCACAAGACAUCUACCAUGCGUACCGUGAUAUCAGCUCGACCACCUCCUUCUUCUUCUUCUUGGAAUAUGGAUGAUGAUUUGAUUUCUUCUAUGAUCUCUUCUCAAAUAGAAGGCAAAGUAGUACGAAAACGACGUGUCUCUUGUGAUGUUGUGAAAAAUAAUAAAUUGAUUGGGAAAAAUAUAGCAAGUCAACGACGACGUGUCAAUUCUUUAAAUGAUGUCAUGGAACGGGCCGAUCGACGAUCAAGUAUCAGUUCAGAUGAUGGAUCUUGUUGGACUGAAGAUGUAUCUGAUGCAGCCGUAUGGACCAUUGUUGGUACCGAUUCAGCAAAAUUCACUUUCUGGACACCUCAACAAGAAUCAUUCAACAAUCCAUUUACUCAUCCUCAACAAAGUCAUGCCAUUACACCUUUCCCAUUGAUUCAUCAUAUCAAUUCCACUUCAUCCAAUAUCAUGGUCAUGACUGGUGAAAAUCUAACUCGCGAUUUGGCUGUAUGGUUUGGUGAUGUCAAAGCUCCUCUGACGGAAUACAAAUCAAGAGAUUUAAUAUCUUGUACCAUCCCUGAUGUGGCUGAUCUACGUUCCAGUCUUGUUGCCUCUUCUUGUAAUGAUGAUCCUCUUUCAAACAAGAUCCCGAUUUUAUUGGUUCGUGGUGAUGGUGUGGUUUAUCGUACUGGUGAAUUCUAUUCUUUUUAAACUAUUUAUCUUUUUGUAUAUUCCCCAUUUCCUCUUCCCCUCUCUUCAUUCCCUUUAUAUAGUUUAUAUGCAAUUUUUUUUACUUUUAUAUGUUUUUUUUUUAUGAUUUAUCCUAUGAUGUAUAGUUGUUUUUUUAUGUCUCUUCUUUCUAUGGCAUUUUUGUCAUUCUGUAAAUAAAAAAAAAAUUGUUU